AUGUUGUGGUGCAGAUUACCUGUCAUAUUUUUAAUUGGCAUUUUUAAUUUUUGUGAGAGUUCAGGAAAAGUUCGUUUGGUCGAUGUCAGUACGUUAACAUUACAUCGAGAUAAGUAUACUACAGGAAGAAGGUCUGCUCCAAUCCCACAAAUCCAGUGUGUUGGGGGAUCAGCGAAAGGAAAGUUCGAGCCCAGAGUUGUGCAGUGCUACAACAAGGGUCAUGAUGGCGUCGAUGUCCAGUGGGAGUGUAAAGCGGAAAUGAGCGAUCAGUAUGAAUUUGGCGAAAUUCGUAUAUCUUGUGAAGGGUAUGAUUACGCGGAUGAUCCUUACAUUUUGCGAGGUUCUUGUGGCUUGAAAUACAGUCUGGAAUAUAGUCAAGAAAAAGAGAAGAAUUAUGAUAAGGGUAAAAAAGUACCAAGUGCGCCACCGCAUGAGAAGGAUCAAAAAUUUGGCUUCUUAACAUUUCCGACCAUAGUCACUUUGCUUUUAUUCUUCUUCAUAUUCUACUACACUUGUUUGCAACCUACUACUGAUGAUGGAAGGACACGUCGCAGUGGUUGGGGUUGGAAUCAAGGACCACCACCUCCACCAAACAACGGAAGACCAUCGCCGCCCGGUUUUAAAAGCUUUACACGUCCAACCGAUGCGCCUCCUACAUAUGAAGAAUCUUUUCAUAAUACAUCUGGUGCACAAUCUCAGUCCAGUGGUCCCGGUUUCUUCUCUGGUCUUGGAUUAGGCGGCUUAGCUGGUUACUUGUAUGGCAGGAAUCAGAAUAGUGAAAGCAGUUUCUUUCGACCAUAUGAACAAGAUAGUUCCUGGAGUUCUUCGCAUAGGAGAUAUAGGGAAGAUUCUCCAAGACCUUCAACAAGUCGAACGACAUCAGGUUUUGGUGGCACAGAAAGAAGAUAG